AUGACCUCCACUCCAAAAAGUGGGAAAGAGGAUUUGACAGUGACCAAUAUUGAUUCUUUUGAUAGCAGCCCCAUAUUCUCAACACAAAGUGAGAAGUGUUUGGACAAAUCACUGAUUUGUACAUCAGUUCCCCCAUGGCACAACUGUACCUUCCCCAUACUCAGUCUACAAACCAUGGGACUUGUGGGUUCAGUUGCCAACAUCUGUGUGUAUGACUAUGACAUAAACACACUGAAAGGAUCAAACUGGAUAAAUGACCGCAUAAUAGAUACAUUUCUUGCCUCCAGGGUGAUCAUGGCCAAAGAGCUAGGUCACGAUGGAACAAUUUUCCCACUUAGUUGCCACUUCAUGCAGAUAUGUCAAAGACUGCCAGUGCAAGCCCUUAAGAACUGUUUGAGAUUUGGAGUGCUAAAGAAAGAUGUUUUGAUUAUUCCAGUAAAUGACAGAGAAGUCCACUGGAUACUGAUAGUAAUCAUUUUUAAAAGGAAGACCAUGCUCUACCUAGAUUCCAAACAUGGAUUGAACCACUCUGUGAUUGAUGCAAUAACAUCCUUCUUAACAUGUCUAUAUGAGAUGGAUUCAAAAUAUCCCUAUAGUUUUGCAGACUGGUCAUGUUUUGCACCAACUGAUAUACCCAGGCAAGGUAAUUCCAGUGACUAUGGUCCUUUCACAUGUACCAUUGCCCAUCUGAUUGCUUCUGCUGCCCAAUUACAGUUCAUACAAAAGAAUAUGGCUGCCAUAAGACCCUGGAUUGCAAAAGAAAUAAUACAGUACUGUGGGAAAACCUAUCUUGAAGGACAAGACAAAUAUUUUCAAGUGGAAAUUGAUGCUGUUCCUCCCAAGAAGAGACAAAUCUUGAAAGAGUCACAUUACUGUGUCUAG